AUACCAAAUGCCGGCAGUAAUAUAGGUGACAGUGGCUAACACCAACCUAGAAAUUCAUGUCCGUGGUCUAUGCUAAUCGUUUUAAACCGUGAAUUAUUAAUUACUUUUUGUUCGAUUUAAAAAAUAAAUAAAAAUUUCUCUGAAAUGGCUACCGAGAAUUACAAUUUUCCAAGUACCUUAAACAUAAAUGAAUUGCCCGUAGUGCACAUCAAACUAAACACACCGCCUUUAAGUUGCAUUGUUAAAGCCAUAUUACCUGAAUUAUUAAAAAAUUAUGAAAAUGCUAGUGCAGAGGUAGUUCAAUGUCCAGAUUUAACUCAACCACCGUUUAACUUAGUUUCCGAAGGACUAAGUGGUAACGAAAACGUAUUUGACAUCGGCGAAAUAACUAAUAUGAUACCUUCAAUAAAACGAGAAAAAUUGUACAAUAUUAAAGAUUUAAAACAAAUUACUGGGUCCGAUCCUUUGGUUAUCUUUGGAGCUUGUGCCGGCCCUUAUCCAUUUUUGGGAAUAGACAGUGAGUGUGUGGUAAAUGUCAAAAUGACUGGCGAUCAAGUGGAAAACGGAACACACGCUCACAUGACGAAAUCUAAUGACGACCCAGAGUGUUGCCAUAAGAUGUUACCCAACGACGAAAUGAGAUUUUCAUUUUUGGCCAAUUUUUUUACUAGUAACGGUUUUAAAGGAGAAGUUUUAAAAAUUGUUUGCGAAGUAAGAAAAGGACCGUUAAGUUUUAGUAUGUGUAUUAGAGAAGCAUUAGUGAAGCAUUUUGGAGAUGAGAUAAUUGCGAUAGGCGGAGUAAUAUUCAUUGAAAAUGGAAAAGUGAAAGUUCAUGUCAUUAAACCAAGCUUUAUGAAAAAACCUUCAAAAUCAGAAAAAGAGUUAGAAAAUUUGGUACAUUUCAUUGAAUUAUCUCCUCCUUUGGCAGGUGUUGGAUGCAUCGUUUCUCAUAAUCCUGGGUUGAAUUUAAGAUUUCAACAUUUCCACUUGUAUUCUGAUCACAAUCAAGGAGGACAUUAUCACAACGAUACGGAACCGAAUACCAUUAAAUAUACUGGUUAUUUUGGCGUUUCCAAGCAGUUUACUAAAAUUGAUUAGUCAAACCUUAAGCUAAAACUUAUUAUUAACGAUCCAGUAAUCAGUAUGGUAUAUCUCUACCGAUACAUUUUUCUCAAGGGGUUUUUAGCCGAACAAAACUUUUUAUCUAUUUAUAAAUUUUACAAUUGUGUAAAUACUAGAUAAAAUAGGUAUUUUUACAAAUUGUA